GCCGCCCAAUCCCCGGCCUCGCGUGAGGGGAGGUGGCCGACGAAGACGAGGGGUCUCGGACUCCGUCCCUCACAACCACCAUGCCCUUCGUGGAGCUGGAGACGAGUCUCCCUCCGGAGCGCCUCCCUCAGGACCUUCCGGCCAAGCUGUGCCGGGCGGCAGCCGAGAUCCUAGGAAAGCCCGAGGAGCGCGUGUCGGUGACGGUGAAGGGCGGCGUGUCGAUGGUUGUGAACGGGGCAGCUUCCCCGGGAGCCCUGCUUUCUGUCUCGUCGGUGGGGGUGCUAAGUUCGGCCGAGAAGAACCAGCUCCACAGCAGAUGCCUCUUCGACCUCCUCCAGAAGGAGCUGGGGCUCGCCGCGGAACGGAUCAUGAUCCGCUUCUAUCCGAUGGAGCCCUGGCAGAUCGGGAAGAACGGCACAGUCUUGACUUUCCUCUGAUCCAAAGUCCCCUAAAACGCCCCUAAAAAAACACACUUAACCCCAUAAAAAUCAUCUUCUCUCAGUCGCGAGUUCAAAUCUUAGACUAUCCUUUUCCCUUGAGUUUCCUCAUGGACCAAUGCACUAUUUUAAUUUAAUUAAUGUUAAUUUCUUGGACUUUUGUCUCCACAAAUCCAGGCCUCAUUCUGCGGUCAUAACACUACUACUUCCUUCAGGACCAAUUCAACAAUAAAACACAAUUCCUGAUUUAAAA